AUUUUACAGUCUUCGGUGUAUGCUUAAUUACCCGACGAACCGGAAAUACAAUUCCAGCAGAUCCGCUUUUCUGACAUGCGGCACCGUGUUUCGACGCAACGUCCUGCAUGAUCACCUAACGCGCGCUGCUUAUUUGCUGUGUACAAGGUCUUAGGUACCCACUACCCAGUGCUCGUUUUCACACGAAGUUUAUUUCCAUUUCAUUGCUGUGCCUUCGGAUUUUUCUUCAGUUAUUAAUUUUUAUCAUCCAUUUGUGUUGUGCUUGCAAGUUUAUUGAAUUGUUGAGCCAUUUUGUAUACAGCAACCAUGCAAUACUUAUUGUGGACUGUCUGUGUACUGUGCGUCGCCGUAUCGGAGAUUCGUGGCGGGAGCCUCCGGAGCGAACGGUCGUCGGGUUCCUCGAGCAGCAGCGCCUCGUCCAACAACGGACAGGGCGUGAUGAGCGUGUCGACCAGCAACAGCGGCGGCGGCUCCUCCAGCGCCAACGCCCUAAUCGGCGCCGGUCCGGGCAGCGGCGGGGCCAUUGGCUCCAUGCAGAGCAGCGUCAGCAACCCGACGCGGACCCUCUCGGCCAACAGCGGCCCGGUGGUGCUGAGCGCCGGACAGAACGCCGGACUGGGCGUCAGCAGCGGGGACGUCGGCGGUCUGUCGUCGCCCAUCGACGCUGGCGGCAUCAUCGGCAACGGCAUGCAGAGCCCGCAGCAGAUGCUCUGCGCGCUCCGCCAAAAUAUCUGCGAGCAAUGCCUCAAGAUCAACCAACUGCAGCGCGUCAUCGCCAGGAAUUCCGGCACAUCCAAUACGUUCACGGAGAUGAGCUGUCCCGGCUUCUGCGGGACAUGCUAAUACACGCAUCCAUACGGUUUCCCCUCGAUUACAGAAAUUAUACAGCCGGUGCCUAUCAUGUUGCAUAUGUUGGUUGCUUCCGCUACCGUUGUCUUGUUUUUAUAUUCGCUGAAUAUUGCCGCGUGGGCGACACUUAAGGGAAUACGGGCGCUCAUCCCAAAUGCACAUAAAAACGGGAGAAAAAUG